CGAGACAAAUCUUACUUACAAUAGUGAAUAACAAGUGUUUAUUUGUGAACGCAGCUUGGGAUGGGAAGUGCGUUGGAGACAUUGUGUGGGCAAGCCGUUGGAGCGGGUAAACUAGACAUGUUGGGUGUGUACAUGCAAAGAUCAUGGGUCAUCCUCAACACAACUGCCCUCCUCCUUUGCCUUUUAUACAUUUUUGCGCGCCAACUCCUAAAAGCCAUCGGAGAAACAACCGCAAUUGCCGAGGCGGCCGGCGUUUUCGCCGUCUGGAUGAUCCCGCAGCUGUUCGCCUACUCCAUGAAUUUUCCAAUUCAGAAGUUCUUGCAAGCACAAAGCAAGAUUAUGGUCAUGGCUUGGAUUUCCGCCGCGGCGCUCGUAGCGCACGCGGGGCUAAGCUGGGUCUUGAUGCUUAAAGUGGGGUGGGGCCUUGUUGGUGCGGCGGUGGUUUUGAAUGUGACGUGGUGGUUCAUAGUUGUGGAUCAGUUGGCAUAUAUAUUUGGUGGUAGUUGCGGUGAAGCGUGGAGUGGCUUCUCCUUGCAAGCAUUUCAUAAUCUUUGGGGUUUUCUUCGUCUCUCAUUUGCCUCUGCUGUCAUGCUUUGCCUGGAAGUUUGGUACUUUAUGGCCCUAAUUCUGAUGGCUGGUUAUCUCAAGAACCCAGAAGUUGCGGUGGAUGCAAUGUCCAUUUGCAUGAACAUAUUGGGAUUGACAGUGAUGUUAGCAUUCGGAAUGAAUGCAGCAGUAAGUGUGAGAGUGUCAAAUGAAUUGGGGGCAGGUCAUCCAAGAACAGCGAAAUUCGCUGUAGCUGUGGCUGUGAUUAGUUCAUUUGCGAUUGCUUUAGUGCUCUCCAUGAUUCUCGUCAUAUUCAGGAAGCAAUACCCUUCACUGUUUUCAACGGACGAAGAUGUGAAAGAGCUUGUGAUAGAGCUGACACCCAUGUUGGCGUUGUGCAUUAUAAUCAACAACGUGCAACCAGUUCUUUCAGGUGUGGCUGUUGGGGCAGGCUGGCAAGCUAUCGUUGCUUGUGUCAACAUUGCUUGCUACUACAUUUUUGGUAUUCCUCUUGGACUUCUUUUGGGCUUCAUGCUUGACUUGGGUGUCCUUGGAAUUUGGUCUGGAAUGUUGUCUGGGAUAGUCCUACAAACUUGUGUGCUAUUCUUCAUGAUCUACAAAACGAAUUGGAAUAAAGAGGCUUCUCUUGCUGAAAAUAGGAUAAAGAAGUGGGGAGGUUAUAAAGAUACAAAAGUGAAUCAGAUUGUGGAGGAUAUUCAAGAAGCAUGAAAGCAUUCCUAAUUCCAACUAGCACUUUACAUAUACCACAUGUUUAAUUUGUUUUCAGUUCACGUGUUAAUUUCAUUUACAAAAAUCAA